AUGUCAGACACCGCUGCCGACGAGAAGAAGGUCAGCACCUCUCCACAGAUUCACGAGGAUAGCAGCAGCUAUGCCGAAGGACACGUUGGCGAUGUCGAAGGUGGCAAGAGUGUUCGAGAACUCCACCGAACCUUUACUUCUCGUCACAUUCAGAUGAUUUGUCUUGGUGGAUGUAUUGGUAGCGGUAUUUUCAUCAGUACUGGAAAGCCUUAUUUGCUCUCUGCGGAAGGAGCGAUUGUCCGUGUUAUUCUUACAUACUGGACAACGGCCAUCCCGACUGCCGCUUGCAUGACUGUCUAUCUUGUUCUUGUCUUUGGCAUUCAUGCCAUGCCAAACCGUUGGUUUGCCGAGUUCGAAUUCGCCACGGCGGCUGCCAAGGUCACUGCUAUGAUUAUCAUUCUCUUCGCAUGUAUUGCGAUGCUAGGCGGUGCUGGUCCAACCGGGUCAACAAACCACGGCGCAAACUACAAGGAACUUCCAGUCUUUCCGAACGGCUUUAAGGGCGUCUGCCAAACCUUUACACUUGCUGCGUGGGCCACUGGUGGUCAGGAAAUUAUGGGCAUUACUGCAGGCGAGGCACGGAGACCGCGCUGGGACAUGCCUCGGGCAUGCACUAACCUCUUCGUCCGCAUCAUCUUCUUUUACGAGCUAUCUACCAUUUUCAUCGGUCUUCUCGUCAGAUACGACGAUGAGCGCCUGCUGGCUACUGGCACCGUCGCUGCCUCUCCUUUCGUUAUCUCGAUGGCCAACGCCGGUAUCAAGGGACUUCCAGAUCUUCUCAAUGUGGUUAUCAUUAUUGGUCUUGUGGCCAUUGGUGCUGAGGCCAUGUACAUUGCCUCCCGAGCCAUGCAAGCCAUGUCAAGAAUGGGAAUGCUGCCAAGCGUUUUGGGCCGCGUGGAUAAGAAGGGACGACCUUACUACUCACUUCUGGUCACGGGAGUUUUCGCUACAGUCAUGACUUACAUCAAUGUUUCGAACACCGGUGCUAUCAUCUUCACUUGGUUCAGCUCCAUUGCAUCGACCGUGUACUUCAUGGCAUGGAUGACGAUCUCUCUCAGCAACUGGCAAAUGCACCGUGCCAUCAAACUGCAAAAUGAUCCUGCUUGGAAGCUUCCACAUGCUUUCAAGCUUCGCGCAUACCCCUUGACAUCGGUCUACCUAUUUAUAUUCUCAUUCUUGGUGCUUUUUGCGACAGGUUAUGUCUCGCUCUUCCCUAUCGGCGCAGAGCCCUCUGCAGAGGCAUUUUUCCAGACUUUCUUGGGCGUGCCUAUUUUCAUCGUUGCGUACCUCGGCUACAAGGUCGUUUUCCGCACGAAAUUCGUCCAUCCCAAGAAUGCCGACUUGAAGACAGGUCGCAGGCCCCUGACUGAUGAUGAUAUUGCGUUUUUGGAUGCCUACUACGCUCAACCGAUGUAUAAGCGAAUAUUAUCGUAUGUGAGGUUCUAG